AUGUAUGAAGAUUAUUUUUCUAUUGAUGAUAUAUUAUCAACUCAAGAACGUAUUCGUUGUCAAUUACUUGUUGAUAUACCAAAAUUAGGUUUUCUUGAAUCUUCAUCAUCUUCAUCAUUAAAUGAUGAUAAAAAAGAUGAAAAAGAAGGACAAAAUAUUUCAUCAUUAACAGCAAAUACAAAACUUGAACUUCCUUAUUGGAUGGUUUAUUCAAUAUGUAAUUGUAAAACACGAUUUGCUUCAUUACCUGAAGUACCAUUAAUAUAUUCACGAAUUCAACGACAAAUUUUUGCUGCUGAUGCAUCUGUUGUUGAUUUAGCUAAACAAGGUCCACAUUUUUAUCGUCAAGGACGUCAUUUAUUAGAAUUAAAUUUUGAUGAAAAAAGACAAGUUGCAAUAACACUUUUACAAACAUAUCAACAAAGAUUUCGAUCAAUUAUGGAUUCAGCUUUUCAUUUAAUUUUAUCAAGUGAUCAUCAUCAUCAUGAAAGUAUGAAACAACAAACAGCUAAAUUUGAAAGACAAGAAAAAAUUUUAUUAUUAUUGGGUCAAGCAGCUUUUAGAGAUUAUGAUAGAUUAAUUAAUAAUGAAACAAAACAAAUGUUACCACCAAAAAUUCAAGGAAUGACCAAUGAUCUUACUAAAGAAAUAAUUUCAAUUAAAUCUGAUUCUGAUCUUCCACCAUUACGUAAUCCUGAGAUUCUUAUUGGUCAAAAAGAUCUUACGGCAUUAUCCUACUUAAAUGAACCUGAAGUUUUAUAUAAUCUUGAAUCUCGUUUUAAUAAAUCGCAAAUUUAUACAAAAUGUGGUAUUGUAUUAGUUGCUAUAAAUCCAUAUGAGGUUUUAUCAAUAUAUGGAAAUGAUACAAUUCAAUUGUAUCGUGAUCAAGAUGUUCAAUUGUUAGAACCACAUAUAUUUGCAACAGCUGAAUUAUCUUAUCAAUCAAUGGUGAAUUUUUCAAGAAAUCAAUCAAUUAUUGUUUCAGGAGAAUCUGGAGCUGGAAAAACAGUUAGUGCAAAAUAUGCUAUGAGAUAUUUUGCUAAUGUUGGAGGAUUAUUAGAAGAAACACAAAUUGAAAAAAAAGUUUUAGCAUCAAAUCCUAUUAUGGAAGCUAUUGGAAAUGCUAAAACAAUACGCAAUGAUAAUUCAUCACGUUUUGGAAAAUAUAUUGAAAUUGCUUUUUUAAGAAAUCAUAUUUGUGGAGCAUCAAUGAAAACUUAUUUAUUAGAAAAAUCAAGAGUCAUUUACCAAGCAUCGGAUGAACGAAAUUAUCAUAUAUUUUAUCAAUUAUGUACACAAGCAAAUCAAUCUGAUAUGAAAUCUCUUGCACUAUCCUUACUUCGUGAUGUUCGUCUUUGUUCAGACGUUGAAACAUUCGAUCAAGAACGAUUAAACAUUGAAAUAGCAUUACUUCUAAAUGGAUAUCCACCAAAAUUUAUCAGUCAUCAUUUUAAACAAUUCUUUAAAAAUUAUAAUGCUUCACCAAUCUAUCAAGAUUUACACGUAGAAACGUAUCAACAACUUCAUCUUCAAUUACUUAAUGAAUCCUUAACUACUGAUCAAGUACCACAAAAAUUAGAAUAA